AUGUCCCAGGCGGGAGCCGUCCUGUGCGUCCGCCCCGAGGGGGGGCACGCCAUGUCACCGAAGCACUUCGCACGGGAGCCCGAGCAGAGGCCGUGGCUGUCACCCCCCCGGAACACGGAGACUGCAGCCCCAAGCGCCCAGCGCUGCCUCUCGCCCAGCCUCAACGCCGGCCGGAUCCACCUGCUGCGCAAGGGGCUUCCCCCGGCUGCCCGGCGGGCGCAGCUGGGCAUGUACAACAGCACUGGCUCCCUCUUCCGGAAGGCCGCGGAGACGCACCACCUGGGCAACGGCAGCUGCCCCAGCUCAGGGCGAGCGACGGCGCCGUGCACCCCCCUGAGAAGCAGGCCGCCUCCCGCCCUGGGCUCCCCAGGCAGCCGCACCCCCCUGGUGGCUCCGGUCCCCGACGGUCAGAGCUCCGUGGUGACUUUCCGGUUUAUCGAGAAGGCCAGUGUGAAGACGCUGAAUGGCCUCCCGCUGGCCGAGCCCAGGCGGGAGGGCAGCUGGGCGUGCGGUGAGGCCCCCCACCCGGGCAGGCAUGGAAGCAGCUGCCCCCUGGCCCAGCAUCAGUGCUCCCCACAGCGCCACGUGGCCCCGGAGCUGGCCGCUCCAGAGCUGAGCGGGAGCUUCCAGAGGAAGGCCAGGGAAGACCCCACGGCCCGGCCCGGCCCUCCAGGUGAAUGGACCCCCCUGGCCCUCUGCAGUAAAGCCCAGGAGCCCUUUGGCCAGAAGCUGAAGCUGGAGACGUCCGCCUCAGACCCCCUCCUGGCCGGGAACAGGUUCCUUUCCGGGGUGCAGUCCCCCCGGAGCCUGGCCAACGGCAGCCCCCACCCGCUCCACGGCAACUGCCUCUCCAGCUCACUCACCAACGGGAUGGGCAGCCCCACCAAGGACAUCUCCCUGCUCCGGAGGAGCCCCCAGAGUGGGGACCACCACUGCCAGGGGAGCCUGUGGGCAUGUUCCCGGGAGAGCUCUGCCCACGCCCAGCGGAUCGCCAAGGCCAAGUGGGAGUUCUUCUACGGCUCUCUGGGCCCCCCCGGGCCAGGGAUGGCUCCUCAGAGUGCCCCGGGCCCUCCCGCUGAGCUUCCCACGAAACCGAGCCACGUGAUGCAGACAAAGCCGGGCUGGAUGGAGCCAGAGCAUAGCUUGUGCCACGUCGAGGUCGAAAUCGAGGUGGCCCCACCAGGCAGCACGAAGCUCGGAAACUAUGAAACUGGCAUCAUCCGAAGAACGGUGAAGUAUUCGGAGACAGACCUGGAUUCUGUUCCCCUGAGGUGCUACCAUGAAACCAACAUCGAUGACAUCUUGGCUGAGAAGGACGAGGUGGAUUCCGCCAUCGAGAGCCAGAAGGACAGCGAGAGCAACCCCAGCUUCACAGGGAUCUUGGGGAAAGGCGACACAGACCCCGGCGAGCUCCUGGCUCAGCGCCCCGGGGAAGGCGGGGGCACGUGCCCGAGGAGCGCGGCGCCGGGCGGCGAGGGGGGCGACGUGUUCGAGGCGGCGCAGCAGCAGCAGCAGCAGGAGAGGCUCAACCGCAGAGACGGCCGAGGGCUGCUCAAAUCCCCGGUGCCCUUCCUGCUCCGGCACAGCCUGUCCAGGGACGGCAUGGACUCGUUCAGCAAGCAUUUUGAGACCAUCAUGGAGUCCCACCGGGCCAAGGGCACGUCCUACACCAGCCUCGACUCCAUCGACAUCCUCGCCUCUCCGGCCCACGUGCACGGCGGCACCUACUUCACCUUCGACCUCCCUGCCCUGACCCCGGAGGUCCAGGAGCAAAUUCGGGAGAGUGCCAAGCUCAUCCAGCAGAAUUUUGCCCCUCUGGCCCUCCUAGAGCCGGACUCUGGAACCAGCUCCGCCACCGACGCUCCCUGGACCGAGCGCGAGGAGGAGCUGAGGCGAGGGAGGAAGGGCGGCCCGCAGAGCCCGUGCCACUCGGAAGACAGCCUGGGAAUGGCCCCGGCCUCCGUCGCAAGCGAGCACCCUCUGAGUCAGCUGACCUCGGGCUCGGGCUCGGGCUCAGGCUCGGAGCUGGACAGCGUGGAGCAGCUGGCCCUGGGCAGCACGGACACCCUCUCCAGCGGGCACAAAGCUGACCUGGAUGCCGCCAAGCGCCUGGCCAAGCGGCUCUUCAACCUGGACGGCUUCAAGAAGGCCGACGUGGCCCGGCACCUGGGGAAGAAGUACGUUAAUGAUUUUAGUAAGAUGGUGGCAGGGGAGUACCUCAAGUUCUUUGAAUUCACUGGAAUGACGCUGGAUCAGGCACUUCGGUCCUUUCUGAAGGAGCUGGCCCUCAUGGGCGAGACGCAAGAGCGGGAGCGGGUCCUCGCCCACUUCUCACAGCGCUAUUACGAGUGCAACCCCAAAGCCAUCUCUUCGGAGGAUGGGGCCCACACGCUGACCUGCGCCUUGAUGCUCCUGAACACGGACCUGCACGGACACAACAUUGGGAAGCGAAUGUCCUGCUCGGAUUUCAUCGGGAACCUGGAAGGACUGAACGAAGGGAGUGAUUUUCCGCGGGAGCUGCUCAAGGCUUUCUAUAGCUCCAUCAAGAACGAGAAGCUGCAGUGGGCCAUAGACGAAGAAGAGCUGCGCAAGUCGCUGUCGGAACUGGCCGACCCCAACCCCAAGACCGUCAAGCGCAUCAGCAGCUGCAGCAACCCCUUCCUCGACUUCUCACAGGACCCCAGUGGCGUGACCUACAAGCACGGCCUCCUGGUGCGCAAGAGCCACGCCGAGCCCGACUGCAAGAAGACCCCGAGAGGAAAACGGGGGUGGAAGACUUUCCAUGGGAUCCUGAAGGGAAUGAUCCUGUAUCUACAGAAGGAGGAGUACAAGCCUGGCAAGGCCCUGGUGGAGGACGAGCUGAAGAACGCCAUCAGCAUCCACCACUCGCUGGCCACCCAGGCGUCUGACUACAGCAAGCGGCCCAACGUCUUCUACCUCAGGACAGCGGACUGGAGAGUCUUCCUCUUCCAGGCCCAGAACACGGAGCAGAUGCAUUCCUGGAUCACGCGCAUCAAUGUGGUGGCGGCCAUGUUCUCCGCACCCCCGUUCCCGGCAGCCAUCGGGUCCCAGAAGAAGUUCAGCCGCCCACUGCUGCCCAGCUCCGCCACACGACUGUCCCAGGAGGAGCAAGUGAAGAGCCACGAGGCCAAGUUCAAAGCCAUGGCGGCAGAGCUGCUGGAGCAUCGCUCGUCCCUGCCCGAGAAGAGAGUGAAGGGCAAAGAAUACGAGGAGCUGAAGCAGAAGGAGGAGUACCUGGUAUUUGAGAAGUCUCGCUACGGCACCUACGCAACGCUGAUGCGCACCAAGCUGAAGACGGACUGCGAGGACCUGGCCGUGCUGGAGGCCACCCUGUUCGAGGCAGCAGGCCGCACAGACGACGGCCUCAGGAAGGCCCCGUCCAGCUCUCCGCUGAGCCAGGAGCCGGCUGGCACCGGGUCCAAAGGCAAACAUGGUGGCCGGCCAGCCUCCGGCAGCCUGCAAAAAUCCUGA